UGUAAAGUCAGAAUUACUGAAUUAGAGAGUGAGAUCAAUAUGAAAGACGUACGGAUAUGUGAACUAGAACAGCGUGUGGAAACACUGGAGAAACUGCUCGGGCGGCACGCUGGGAAUUUGUUUGCAGACUUAAAUACUGUGAUUGUCGAUAAGGAUUCUGAAAUUGCUAGACUCAGCAAGCAAGUUGAUCGAUUGGAGACAAAAAUAAGCAAUUUGGAAGAUAGUCUUGAUGACCUUGAGGUGCACGAGGUCACACAAUUUGCUGUGAAUGAUGGAUCCAAUCAGCGAACACCGAGUAAUAGUCUGCCAGGGAAAGUGAGUGGGUCUGCCAAUGUGACGAGUUACGAAAGUGCACAGCAGUCUGCGUGUCCUGCAGGCCAACCCGAAGACGUGCAGAUCAACGAAUUAGAACUUGUUGUCAAUGAAACUGGGAUUGAAGAUUUGACAGAUGAUUUCGCAGAUGGGAUUGUACAUACAACUGUAGAAAGGGUUGAGGGUAGCUGCAGUCCCCUAAAUGCACAGAUAGUAGCUGGUGGCAAUGUAAAAGAUGGCGUAGCUGUCGUUUGUGUAGAAGGUCAUUGUGAACACACAGCAGCUACAACAAGUUCUGGGCCGAAAAUUACGUCACUUGUGAAAAGGGUGAAGAACAAGGCAAGACGGGAAUUUAGGUUAUCAUACUACGAAUAUCCCGGCAUAUUUGGGCGUUCACAGGUAAACACCAAUGUCAGACUUGGUAAAUCAUUUGAGCCCGGGGUGAUAUACAGUGUUGAGGACGUUGAGGUGCAACGUAAAACCUAGAAUGGCUUCGGUUUGAAUAGGCGGCACACUGUGUGGAACAUGCUGAAGGAUGAAGACAGGGAACUACUACAAAGAAUGUACACUUUAGAGGGGGACGGGUAGGUUCGGAUGGAAUGUUGUAUUCUUUGACAUGUACAACUUGUAAAACUAUGUUCUAUGGUGGUUCUUAAUUUUGGUUUACGGUGUGCAAGUUAAUAGUAUGGGAUGGUGGACACAAUGGAAUACAAGUUCAUUUCACGGACAUCAAAGAUUGGGUGCAGUGGAACUCCAUACACGGCAAUGUAAUCGAUGCAUACGCUGCAAUGUUGACUGAAAUGCAUAAGAUGGUAUCUGGAAGGGCAGAAUAUGUUGGGACAUCGUACAUUUACACUAGUGUUUGUUCAGUAUGUAUCUUCACCUUUGUUUGAUUGCCCGAAAUCUAAAAAUAAUAUUUGCAUAAUGAAACCUGAUACGACUGCAGCGGUUUUGGACAAUUGUGCAGGAUAUGAUGCGAA